CACUCCCAACAAGCGUCGGGCGCGCUCCUCCGAAUAUCAAGGCCAUUCAAGUUUCACUGCGGAGACAAGCUACACAUUAACCUAAAAAGCACAACUGAGCUUGAAUCAGGCGACAAGUCGCGUUACACAUUCAGUUCAACAGAAAUUGAAGUGGUCUCUUUAUCCUCUUAAGAGACAUGCACGCGGGGAGACUAAUGAUUCGGAUUUGUGUUAUUACAGAAAUGUAUUAAUAUUAACUUGAGACUUUCGUGCGCCGCUGUAUGCAUGGGGUACCAAGAGUAUUUGUAUUUUUGAGCCCUGUUUUAUUUACGCUUGGAAAUCGGACCACUCCUGCUGCCCUUAUUUGCCGGCUGUGGACUAUUCUGUCUUUGAAAGAUUGCGUUUUUUCAGUUUUAAAGGGAAAAUGGGUUGUUGCACAGGUCGAUGCACGCUGAUCUUUCUAUGCACUUUACAGCUGCUUGCUUCAUUAGAGCGGCAAAUCUUUGAUUUCCUUGGUUACCAAUGGGCUCCAAUCCUUGGAAACUUUCUUCACAUAAUAGUUGUCAUUCUGGGCCUCUUUGGAACUAUUCAGUAUCGGUCCAAAUAUAUCAUUGUGUACUCCAUUUGGACUGCCCUCUGGGUUGCCUGGAAUGUGUUCAUCAUCUGCUUUUAUUUGGAAGUAGGAGGGCUCUCUAAGGACACGGACUACAUGACUUUCAACAUCUCCAUGCACCGCUCCUGGUGGCGGGAGCACGGGCCGGGCUGUGUGCGGAGGGAAGUCCCGCCCCCCACCACCCGAGGCCUGGAAGACCACUCCUACAUCUCUGUCACGGGCUGCAUGGUGGAGUUUCAGUACCUGGAGGUGAUGCACUCCUCCCUUCAGAUACUACUGGCUCUGGUUGGCUUUGUGUAUGCCUGCUACGUGAUCAGUGUGUUCACAGAGGAAGAGGACAGCUUUGAUUUUAUAGGUGGACUUGAUUCAUACACCUACCACCAUUCACCCCAGAAAACCUCCCAUGUCCAAUUAAAGCCGGUUUAUCUAUCCACGUAAAUGAGAAGCAGUUGCCAGUGAACCGGAGACACCAAAAACGUGAAGAGAUGUGCUGUGUGCCACACAGUGCAGUGUGCGUGAAGCAGCUGGACCCAUACAUCUGCGAGUGUGUGAGCUGUGUGUUAGGGUGUGUGAGUGUUCACACAUCAUCGACCUUCGACCAAAUUGAUCACUAGGCAGCCCUCUGUAAAAAAAAAUGUAAAAAAAAAAUUUAAAAAAAUGAUGUACACAUUUUUUUUUUAAUGAAUCAAUUGUUUUUUCUGAGCCUGUAAACCAUGAACUGUGGUAUGUGGGGCCAGUCGGCUAUGUGUGAUUCAGAACUGAUCUUUUUUGCCCAUCCUCUUUGUGUUAUGACAUAUUUCCAAAAAUAGAUGAGGCACUUGUGAUGCGCAUGUAUUUUCAGUGGUAGAAUUAAAUUUUCAAAUUCAUAUCUGAGGGACAUAACACUUAAUAUUUAACAAUUCACUCUUAAAUUGGCUUGCUUUUAUAAUUGUGUGUCUCUUGUACAAAGUUUUAAUAUGUUCAUUUUGGUAAUGUACUUAUAUGUUACUUUUUAGUCUUAUAAUUUGUAAUACAUAAUGUGUAUGCUGUGCUUUGAAUCACAAAAAAGUAUCUUUAAUUGCAAGGGUCCAAGUCUUUUUUGAACAACAGAAACUGCGCUUUUGAUCUUGUUCCAAACUGCGACUAAAAAUUGACUAAAAACUUGAAGCAAGGAAGGUUCUCUCACAAAGAUUCAGUAACUCCCUCAAAUGUUACCAGAUGCAAAUCCUAGUUCUCAAUUCUUUGUUAAAUUUUACUGUAUGUACACUUAUGUAUAUAAGAAUAUUAUACAGCACAUAUACAGACAGAUUUAAACUUUGUGACAUGUUCAGAAUUUCUGUUGUGUGUAAAAGUUUUUUGCAUUUACUGAAUGACAAUUCAUACCGAAUGUUAACUAACUAUGGUCUAAGGUUACUGUUAAGGUACCUUUGCAUACUUGUUAUCUACUGUGAAUAUCAUUCCAUUUCAGUUAAUAUUCUCCCACACAACAUGAACUUAAAAGCUUUGAGGUUGAACUAUACAGAGGAGGUAAGAUCAAGUAGUUUUGUUGAGUGACUUUGUAUUAAGUAGACUGUGUCUACUCAGAAUUUGCAAUGGUGUAUGUGGCACAUUUGUGAUGUAUUGUCUGUUUUUAAUACUUUUUUCAUACCGGAUAGUGAUAAAGCACAUGUUCUGAGACAUUUGAAAUAGUGCCUUUUAUAUCUAGUUUCACCUUAUACUUCACAUUUGAGAGAGUUAAGUUUGUGUUAAUAUUGUGAGUAUUCAUGUUCAUUUUCAGUGCAGUAAGGGGGCAUUUAGAGCCAAAUAUGUAUUAGGUGUCGGUAUGUUGAUAAUGUGUAAUGUGAACACGUUUGUAUAUCAUCAGCAAAACUAGACCACAGAAUGGUAAAAUGUAUUGCCCUGUCCUUGACAUUGGAACAGACUGGCAUUUAGGGGCACAAAGAAGAUGAUCUGAUGGAAGAAAUCAUAUCAGCCCUAUAGCCCGUUCCUGCAGCCAGGUUGGGAAGGUUGUAAUAGAGGGGCUAUAUUGCCAUCUGCUGGGAAUAUACAGAAAUGUAAUGUAUAUGUGUGUGUCAAACUGGAAAUCAUAUGCAGUGUGCAGGAGCAGACCUGAGAUUCACAACUAAUUUAAAACUGAUUCAAAAGUGCGAUGUGAGUGAGAAAGUAGGCAAUCUGUGUUUAGUCAAUUAUCUUGUAUUUUGACUUCCUCAAAGUGACUUGGAUCUUGAGUGGGGCUUUGUCACAGAACAAAUGUUUAAUUUAAGCAUAUACUUUGUACAAAAACAUGUUCUGAUAUAAACAUUUUUCCAUCACAGAACAAAUGCUUCAUUAAGGCUUUGUACAAACCAUUUUUGAUGUAAAAUACUAUCAGAUGCAUGCACAGAUUGUUUUUUUAUUUUUAUUUUUGUGAUUGCUGUGUUUAUCCUUUUUAAAAACCCGGCCUUUGGGUAGGUAGAUAAAACCUGAAUGAAGGUUGUAUAUACUAAUCUGCGUUACUUGUGCCAUUUGCAAUGUAAAGCUGAAAACAUGAAAUGUUAGUUGUGUGUAAUCUUUCCACACUCAACAGCCCCCAGUAGCAUUUUGAGUUCUUUGAUAUAUUGGAUGGAUAGCCAGUUGGCAUCUAGGUUAUUGGCACUGUCCCUAUUGUUUAUGAAACAAGGACAACCCUCCUCCUUAUAGGCUAUUGUCCAUGCUACAGCAACUGCCAGGUUAAUAAAACUUGCAAUAAAAGAAUGUUUAUUCUUCUUUUGAAAAUAUUAACAAAUACUAAUUCAGGCAUUGCGUGGAGGUUUUAGUCUGUGGAUGUUUUGUCUGUGUGUGUGAGUGGGUCUGUAUGUACGAGUGUGUGUAUAGAACAGUACAACUUUUUGCACAUUUAAUUUUUACCUUGUGUAAAAUCUACCUUCUUUUGUGAUCGGACGAGUAUUACGGAUAGGAACACAAUGUUAAAAGACAACAGCUACAACAAGAAAAAACUCAACAAGGUAGACCUUUGCCUUGAUAUCAUGUGAACAUUAGUGUUAAUAACCGGACAUUUCUUGUCAGUUAUUAAUAAACUGUAAAUUGGAGUAA